AUGGACGACUCUUCAGGACAGGAGCAAACCGUGAAUAUGGUGUACCUUCCGGGGACCUUCGGCUGGACGGAGUACGGAGGACAGUACAUACCCUAUAUAUAUCGCAAAUCGGAAAAGUACAUAUCCAUGCGAAUGUUAUAUACGCAUCCGAUGUUUUCAAGCUGCCGGAACUUCAUGCAUCCGGAUAUCUUCUCCGCCUGCGACCAUAUGGCCAGAUUACCUAUCACCGAUUUCGAGGUGCGUCUCCUGAACGAAAUCAAUCUUGACCACUGCAAUGGGAUAUUUGGCAACAACUCCUUCGACCUACAGGAUACCGUGAUCCAUAUAAGUGACGCCUAUGAGUUCUAUCAAUUCAUUGGCUUUUGCUCCUGCAAACUAACUCGCGGAAGCAAAUUUUCCUCAGAGAGGUGCAGUUUCAUCAGCAUAAACAAGAAAUGCUUGGUGCCCUACAUUGUGCGAAAUGACCAGAAGCUUUUCCCGGAUUUCUUUUUCGCGGGUGAGACUGAUAUCCUGGAGACCCAUGAGGAGCCGAUCACUGGAUGGGAUCUGUCCUACCUGAUGUUCUGCUGCCGUCUACUGGGCAUACGAGAGGAGUUCUAUUCCGGGAGUUAUUUAAAUGGCAUUUUGCUAAACGAUGUUGAGAACGCCUAUCCCUACGGCACCGAAUUUGAGGAGUGCUGGGCAAAGGACGUAAAGACCGAUGAUUUAUACUCUGACUGUCCGAAUUACUUUCUAAAAAAAUAA